AUUUUGAUGUCAGUGCGGAAGUUGUAAUUGUUGGGCACGGUCGACGGUUCCGCCUUUUCAUGGUCAGGUAGCUGCCGGUGUAUCGGCUCCCUUUUUUUUGUUUUUUUGUUUGGCCGCUUCGCCACGAGAAAGUUACCUCAAAAUGGCAGGCAGAUUACCGGCUUGUGUCGUGGACUGUGGCACAGGGUAUACAAAGCUUGGAUAUGCUGGGAAUACAGAGCCACAAUUCAUAAUUCCAUCAUGUAUUGCCAUCAAGGAGUCUGCAAAAGUUGGUGACCAGGCACAAAGGAGGGUGAUGAAAGGGGUUGAUGAUUUGGAUUUCUUCAUAGGCGAUGAAGCAAUAGAUAAACCUACUUAUGCAACAAAGUGGCCUAUUCGUCAUGGUAUAGUUGAAGACUGGGAUCUCAUGGAGAGAUUUAUGGAACAAGUCAUUUUUAAGUACCUUCGAGCAGAGCCAGAAGAUCAUUAUUUUCUUUUGACUGAACCGCCACUCAAUACUCCUGAAAAUAGAGAAUAUACUGCUGAAAUCAUGUUUGAAUCCUUCAAUGUGCCUGGCCUUUACAUUGCUGUCCAGGCUGUCCUUGCGUUAGCUGCCUCGUGGACAUCUCGACAAGUUGGAGAGCGAACAUUAACUGGAACUGUAAUAGACAGUGGAGAUGGUGUUACUCAUGUCAUUCCGGUGGCUGAAGGGUACGUGAUUGGUAGUUGUAUUAAACACAUUCCAAUUGCUGGUCGUGAUAUUACAUACUUCAUCCAGCAACUUUUGAGAGAUCGAGAGGUGGGAAUACCUCCGGAGCAGUCCUUGGAAACAGCAAAGGCUGUGAAGGAACGUUUUAGUUAUGUCUGCCCAGACUUGGUAAAAGAAUUCAACAAAUAUGACACAGAUGGCACAAAAUGGAUUAAACAGUAUACUGGAAUCAAUGCCAUCUCCAAGAAAGAAUUCACUAUUGAUGUAGGAUAUGAACGAUUUUUGGGCCCUGAAAUUUUCUUCCAUCCAGAGUUUGCAAACCCUGAUUUUACACAACCCAUCUCUGAAGUAGUAGAUGAAGUCAUUCAGAACUGCCCCAUUGAUGUUAGACGCCCACUGUAUAAGAAUGUUGUUCUUUCUGGGGGUUCCACCAUGUUCAGAGAUUUUGGACGUCGUUUACAAAGAGAUUUGAAGAGGACAGUAGAUGCCAGACUUAAACUCAGUGAAGAAUUGAGUGGUGGAAAACUCAAGCCUAAACCAAUUGAUGUUCAAGUGAUUACACACCACAUGCAGAGAUAUGCCGUUUGGUUUGGAGGGUCAAUGUUAGCAUCCACUCCGGAGUUCUACCAAGUAUGCCACACCAAAAAGGAUUAUGAGGAGAUUGGCCCCAGCAUUUGUCGCCAUAACCCUGUCUUUGGAGUCAUGUCUUAAAGCUGAUCUUGAUAUUGUAAGGGCUGAAGGGAGCCUUGCUUUUGGGGGCUGUUAUGUCUGAAUGACUGGUGUUGCAUUAUUAAAAAAAAGGCUUGUCUUUUAAAAAUGGAUGACCAAACAGUGUGUGGCUGGCUAAUUUAACAAUUGAGUGUCUUAAAAGGGGCUAUGUUGAAAAGCCAAAAUAUAAACUUUUUUCUUUUAUUAAACACUUUGGAUUAAUUUGUAAGAAUGUUCUAUAAUGGUUUUAGAUCAGAUUUUGCCCUAAGAUAAUGCAUUUGUUGGUGGGAAAUCCAAGACUAAUGGAAUUUGAGAGAACUGAAUGUCAGCUCUACCAUACUUGAAUUGUACACUUAAAUGUGUUCAAUGCAAGACCUUGUUAUAUUUCAUACUGAUUUUUUUAUACAUCAGGUGGGGAAAAUGAGAGAAUUAGAUUGUCUAUUAAGUAAAAUAAUAAAUGGCAAGAAAACUAACAUUUAGUGAAAGAGUGUGAAUGUACCGUCAAAUAGAAGCUGUACACAUCAGUUUAGAGAAAAAAAUCAACACAAAAUGGAAUGAUUGCUGAGAAUUUGAACCAGAGAUACACUUACCCUUUAGUUAAUGUUGGAGGCGGCUUUUUACUUUUUGAAUGGUAUGUUUUACUGUUAGAACAUCUUGCUGCUAUGUCUGUAUAUAAAUAAAUUACGAACAUUUCAUCAAGCCCUGCUUCAACAGAUUGGAGCUUUCUUAGCAGAAGACGACUUUGCGGCACUAACUGUGAGAAGGGUUAAAUUGUGAAUUUUCAUUUUUUAAACAUUUGGAUUUCUUAUUUGUGUACAGCAGUGACUAGUGUAUCUAUGCUCUUUCUAAAAAUAAAAUUCCACAAAAAUCAAAACAAAAUUGUAUCAGCAUCUAAGACGCUGUGAAACAGUUUGUAAAAGUCAUAUGACUGUUUAUUUGUGACUUCAGUCUAUCCCCAAAAGAAUAACAAACUGUUUUCUAAUAUCAAAUAUGGCUAACUCCACAAGUGCUUUGGGAACUAAGGAACUAUUUCUUAUUUGAACUAACAGAUGCCUGCUAGUGCUUUCUAAAUGCUGAAUGCAUUUCUUCUGUUUCUUCCUGCAAAAAGACUGGACCAGUAUUGUAGUUUUAGUACAUUUUGAUUUAAAUCAAAUAAUCUAUUGAUCAAAGUGGUGUAUUUAAUGCCUUGCACCAUUCCAAUAAAGGCACAAAAUUCUUUUUAA